GGGGAGGAGCAUGCUGGUAUAAAACUCCAAAACGGAGCUCAGUGCAAACGCUUGUCUUGUCUCCAGCAUGGCGCUUAAUCUUCAGGCUGUCUGUCAGUUCGCUCUCCUGAGCCUCUGCUGUCUACUCACUGCAGUGAGAGAGGCAGACGGCACAUACGUCCCCGGAAGAUGUUUGUGUCCAGAGACUACAAAGAAGAUCGGGGGGCAACUAACAGACCUUAAGGUUUACCCUAUAAGUGCCACCUGUAGCAACAUUACAGUCAUAGUGACACUGAAGCAAAACAACUCAAAUGUUUGCUUAGAUCCCGAGGCACCACUAGGGAAACAGUUGAUUCGAUGCUGGAAAAGAGCUCAGAAGUUGGGCCGCGAUGUGAAAGUGUGUCUGCGGAGGAGGAGACGGCGAGGCGGGCGCCGGCCGAGGCCCCAGCAGAAGGCAAGGAGGCACACCAGAAGAACAUCAUCCUCACAAUCCAAAUAGUUCAGCAGGUUGACAAACAGCAUAAAGCUACUGUGUGGAGGGAAGAGUGUACGGACUGAUGGCUGCUGCAUUGCAGGUUGUUUUUUUGUGACUGCAGUACAACAGUGCCUGUUUUAAACACUUUUAAAAAAAAUCUAUAAUAGUAAAGCUCCUCCUCAUCAUGCUCCCUUUAGUUUUUAUCUAAGCUGAAAAUCUGUAUUAGUUGGCAGCAGGGGGCUUUGCCCCCCCCCAAUGAGACUGAUUUUAUUUCUAUGAACAAAGUGACUGGUUUCACUUCGAGGAAUUGAAAAAGGAACUGUUUAUAUGUAGUUACAAACAGCUGGAAAAAGUGUGCCAUGUAUUUAUUUUUAUAUAUAUAAACUUUUUGAAGUUUUUUUUCUAAAUAAAUAUAAAAGAACA